UAUAUUUAUAAGCAUACCGGGACAAGGUUAUGACACAUUAAAACACCGAGUUAUUGGCGUCGGCAAGUGUCGGCGUUGCAAAUUAGGGCUGCUCCACAUCUCAACGCCGCUGCGCAUUGCUAGCAUUAACAAGAUGAAUGCAGCUGAAACAACAUUCGCCAGCUCUUAUGGCGGUCUUGCUGCCUGGCCUUCCAGUCGACUCGACAUUGGCGCCUGCGCAGCGCCGCUCUCUGUCAACAUGCGCAGCACCAGCACCAUUAACGUUUGCUAGCCCUUCUCAAGUGCUGUCCACGACCCUUGGCGACGGCUGUCGUCCAACCCAUGCUGCUACAGCGUCUCGGCAUGUGGCCCCCACCCCACGAUGUCACAGCCAUCCACCAGCUCCCGCACAACCUCCCUCAUCCGCGCCCAGCGGAAGCACCCGCCUCGUCCGCCGCCUCCGCCCCAUCGACGCCCCCACCACCGGCUACACCAGCCCCCUCCCCCUCCCCUCCAGCGGCUCCCGGCUGGUGCAGCUGGAGUCCCCCCUGGCGCUGCCCACCUCCCCCCGCAUGCCCGUACAGUUCGUGGUGUCGUACGUCGUGGUCUCCGCGGGGGCGGGUGGCGGUGCUGGCGGUGGCGGCGGGGCGGCGAGCAUGGUGUUGGAGGGGCGGGACGGCAGCGGGCGCUGGGUGCGGGCGCCGGUGCCGCCGCUGCCGUCGCUGCUCCGGUUGGCCCCGCAGCAGCCCCCGCAGCCGCCGCCGGGGAGGAGGCCGGCCCCCUCCAGCAGCAGCAGCAGCUUGAGGAGCAGUAGGAGGGAGUGCGCUGAUGGAGACGGGGACGGGGACGGGGAGGAUUGUGAGGGCGGCGCGGAGGAGGGAGGUUGGGUAGCGCGUCCUGUCACAGCCCCGGAGAGGGGCCCUCAGGCGGUGCCGGCGGGGGCUACCUCCGCCCCUGCCGCCCGCUGCUCACACGCCAGCGGGGGCGACGUGGCUGGCGAUGGGAUUUGCGGAGAGGGGGGUGGCCGCGGCCAGGUGCUGCCGCCUGGACAGCCGCAGCCGCCGCUUGAACAGCUGGCGCUUGGCCAGCCGCCGCCACAGCAGCAGCAGCAGGGCGCUCCCGGGCUGCCAGCCAGCCGGCUGGGCCGGGCACUGCCGCUGCACGGUGGGGAGGUGGUGUCGCGGGGGACGUCCGCGGCCGCAGGUGCGGGGGCCGAUGCUGGGCCCCCCGCCGCCGCACCGGGCUGCAGCAGCGGCAGCAGCGGCGCCUUCCUGCCCGGUGCAGGCGGUGUUACCACCACCACCACCACCGCCCGGGGUGGAGCUCCGCCGGCGCCCCGCGGUACGUACUCUCCGUGGGUUAGCGCGAGUGGGGGUGAAGUUGCAGCCGGCGGCGGCAAGGUCAGCGGCGGCGGCGGCGGCAGCCCUGCCGGCAGCGGCAGCGGCCUGCCUGCGCUGUCCCGCCCCGCCGCGCCGCCCUUGUCGCGGCUCCUGGAGUGCUUCAAACCCACCACACUGGUCCGCAGGUCCGGCACGGUGCGCUUCCGCAGACCCGAGCAGCAGCAGCGGCGGCGGCGACAGCGGCAGCAGCACGGGGCCGAGCAUGUGGACCCGCUCCGUCAGAGCGACCCAUGGGUCCCGCAGACCCGGCAGCAGCAGCAACGGACUUCAGCCGGACCUCCUCUGCCGCGGCUACCCGGGCUGCUGCGCACACUGCCACCGUUUCCCGAGGACCCCGGGCGGCAGCAGCGGCAGCCAACGCAGCAGCCAACGCAGCAGCCAACGCAGCAGCAGCAGCAGCACCCUAGCAGCCCCGCCGACAGCCCUGCCGUACACAGGUCGUUGCAAGAUACGAAGAACCCCGCGCCACGGCAACAGUUUAGCGGCAGCGAAGCAGGAGCACCUCCGCUUCGCCGGACCCAUGGGUCAGCGGCCCGGGGCUCGAAGCCUCCACCCGCCUUUAGCCCCACGGUGGUGGUUAGUCGGGCGGGAGCCACCAGUGUCCGGCAGACGAUGCGUGGUGACCCGCGGGUCGGGGAGGUGCGCUGGGGCUCCCUCCAGGCGCUUGGGGGCGGUCUGGCGGCUGCUACCGGGGGCUCCGAGGGCGGGGAGGGCGGCGGCUCCUUUCUCCUGCAGGUGCUGCGCGCCGCCAACCCCGCGGAGCUGCUGCGCCGGCUGGCAGCGGCCUCACGACACCACCGCCACCGCCCUCCGCACCACCACCCCCACCCUCACCACCCCCGCCACCACCCUCAGCAACGACCCACGGGUCAUCAGCGCCCCGCCGGUGCCAGCACCCCGGCUAGGCAGCUGCUGCAGGAGCGAGGCAGCGAGGGGGCGGCAGUGGCGGCAGCAGCAGCAACCACCCGCAGCCCGGGCGCCUCCCUGCCCUGGCGGCCCGGCAGCGCCGCGGCCCCACCAGCUGCUUCGGGGCCUCACCCGGCGGGGCCGAGUAGGGGCUGGCGGGCGGAGCCGGGGAGCGGGGCGGCGGUGGCGGUGGCAGUGGUGCCGGAGAUCGCUCCUGCCGCUCCUCCUGCUGCACCGCUGGCUGCCCCUCAUGCCGCCGCAGGGGCGGUGGGGACCUCCCUCAGGCGCCCGCUGCAGCUGCCAGCAGGGGACGACAUCGCCGCCGGACGCAGCAGCGAGUGGAGCAGCAGCAGCAGCAGCCACCCCCUGGCCACCCGCCUCCGCAACACCCGCUCCCUGCAGGCGCUGUCUGCCGUACUGGACGAGCACAUGUACGACAUGGGGCCUGCUGAGCUGACGCUGGCGUGUCGUACUGUCGUAAAGCUGGUGUACGGCGGCGUCCUGCCGCCGGGUCCCUCCGCCCUGGACCCCUGCACCGCCUCCUCCGCCUCCUCCUCCUCCUCAUCUUGGCGCGCCUCGGGUACCUUUGUGCACGGCUGCCUGCCCGCCCUGCAGCUUCUCCGGGAGCAGCGGAGGCGGCAGGGGCAGGUGCGGGAGCAGGGGCAGGGACACGGACAGGGGCAAGGACAGCAAGGGCAGGGGGGAGGCCAGCCUGGCGAGCAGAGCACGCUGCGAG